AUGGAUAAGAACUUUCAAGAAGAACAGCUUACAGGAAUUAUGAAAUUUACACCUCCUUUGUACAAACAACGCUACCAGUUCGUUAAAGAUUUAGUGGGGAAAUACAAACCGAAGAAGGUGGCAGAUUUAGGAUGUGCUGACUGCACACUUCUCUGGAUGCUGAAAUUCUGCAGUUGCAUUGAAGUGUUAGCUGGGCUAGAUAUCUGUGCAAGUGUGAUGAAAGAGAAAAUGCAUAGGUUGUCUCCUCUUCCUGUUGAUUAUUUGCAACCGGCUGAAAGAUCCCUAACUGUUACCUUGCAUCAUGGUUCAGUUGCCCAUAAAGAUCCUUGCAUGCUUGGUUUUGACUUGGUAACAUGUAUUGAACUAAUAGAGCACCUGGAAGAAUCAGAACUAAAGAAGUUUCCUGAAGUGGUGUUUGGUUUCAUGGCUCCAAGCAUAGUUGUGAUCAGUACUCCAAAUUCUGAAUUUAACCCUUUGCUUCCUGGAGUGACAUUAUUCAGGCAUCCAGACCACAAAUUUGAAUGGAACCGAGCACAGUUUCAAAGCUGGGCUCUAGAGACUGCUAGAUGCUAUGAUUACUCAGUGGAGUUUACUGGCGUAGGGCACCCACCGACAGGAAUGGAGAAUGUUGGGUUUUGUACCCAAAUAGGUGUGUUUGUUAGAAAAUAUCCUCAAACCAGUGAAUCUGCUCAGUCUGAGAAACCCACUGAAGCCGUUUACAAAACGGUCUUCAAAGCAGUGUAUCCAAGUCUUAAAGAUGAGAAGUACCUGCAGAAUGCUGUGGUCAGUGAAGUUAUUUUCAGAGCACAAAUCAUUAAGCGAAGUCUGCUGGACCGUUUAAUGUCAGAACAUGAGGAAUAUAAUGAUGAUCCUACUGAAAGAAAAUCCAAAUUCCAACCUUCAAUGAACUGUUUUUCAGAAGAUCUUGGAAAACUGGUUGUUGAAAAAAGCAUGGAACCAUUUGUUGAUGGAAAUAUGGUUUAUAUACCUCUUACAGCCAUUUUUUCUUUUCCCAAAGUGAAUCGGCUUUGUGGUACCUUUGAGAAGUUAUGCAAGCUUAUUGCUGGCAAGGUCACACUGAGCAGUGAUGGUUCUGCUGUGAUGCUCAACACUGAACAUGAAAACAAAGAGAAUUAAAUCACAGAUUUCUUUUACAAAGUUCAGUUAAAGUAAAAUAUUUUUUAAGUAGCUGUCAAAUGGUGUUUUCUGUAUGCUAACUAGAACCACAAAAUCUUUUCUAAACCUUCCAGUAUUUAUCCAUCAGCACCCCUCUCAUUUAGUGAGUAGAUGAGUGCUUCUGACAACAAAGAUUGCUGUAACUUGUAGAGUAUCAGGGACUAAAAAGAAAGAAUUCAUUCCCAUGAAAAAACAGUUAAGUAUUUCUGUUUGUUUUCUAUUACCAUGUUGUAGCUAUCAUGACUAGAUUCUUUUUGGUAAUCUUUUGUUAGCUCCAAGGAUAGUAGAUGAUAACACAGAACUAUGUUGUUGUGCUGAAUAAUAUGAGUCAGACAUAGAUUUAGGGUAAAUUUUUUCUUAAUAGAAUAAAAUUAAUAGAUGCCUUUCUCAAGGUGAGCACAUACCCAGUCUUUGUGAAAACCAAAUAUUAUUCCAGACAAAUUGGAAUAUGCCACAAACAUUUAUAACUCAGUAAAUUCAAUACUGGAGAAAAGUGCUGUAAUGUUGGAUGUAAGGUUGGAGGAAGAAAAAAAAAAAAAAGGGUAGAUUUAGCCCUAUUGCUUUAUCCAGUUUCUUGAUAACUGCUGCUUGGGAAAUAACUUGCAUCUUGUAACUUUCCAGGAGCUGAAUUUAAUUAAUUUGAAAACAGUAUCUUUGACUGUUCUGGUUUGGGUGGGGCAGAAUAUCUGUCAUUAUGAAUACUAACCUGGCCAUGGUAUACCUGGAAAAAAAAUAAUUCUGUGUUUUCACGUGCAGCUGUUGUCCAAAAAGUCUUAACACAUUCAGCAGAAAUGAAAGGCAGAGGUGUUACACAUAGUAGAGCUUACUGUCUUGGCCAAGAUGACUUUUUCUUAAGUAGAGCUGAAUUGUAUGUGUAAAUGCACUGUAAGCAAAUGUUAGACCAUGGACUUAUGAAAACAGAAUUUUGAAGCAUGCAUAGGAUUGGCUUGUUCAUACAGGAUUAAUGAAGGAACACACUGCAAUUCUUUUUAAGUUUCUUCACAUACCUGAAAUUUUUUAAGCAGUAAUUUUGAUAUCUCAACUGAGUACUUCUUAUGAGUAAAGAGAUGGUUAAUUAAGAGGCCUCAUUCUAUGUAUGUUUCACAAUGUCAUUGGCAGCUUUGAAUGAGUUAGCGUUAUCAGAAUGGACUUCAUGUUUGUGAAACAUGAACAUUUCACAAUUUUCUGAAAAUAAAAAAUUCUAUGUAAGGGCUGACUGU